GACAGUGUGACGUCACCAGGCAGCGCGAGAAGUAGAAAAGAAUCUCUGACGUCAGCCACGUCAGGCUUCAGUGUAAGUCCAAGAUGGCGGAGGUGAGCGAGUUGAGGAGCAGAAAUCACUUCGAGCCAAACUGCAGGAGCCGCGGCGUACGCGACGGCUUGAGUGGCGUGGAGGAUGUCCCCCUUUUUCGGCAUAAUCAGAAGCCUCCUUUAGCCAAACCCGAAGACUUGGAGGAUGACCUGCUUUCCAAGAACAUGGCCUUAAACUCGGGCAAAAAUGCCAACCUCAGUCCCUUGCUGAAAGAAGACGUUCAAGAAGUCGAGGCUGUGGUGGAGGAAAAGGCCAGACCCGUCCAGAUCGUCCUGGCCAAUGAGGAUGAGCACAGCUUUGAGCUGGAUGCUGCAGCACUGGAGAAGAUCCUUCUACAGGAACAUGUGAAGGACCUGAAUGCGGUCGUCGUGUCUGUGGCCGGGGCCUUCCGCAAGGGCAAGUCCUUCCUGCUGGACUUCAUGCUGCGCUACAUGCACAGACAGGAUAGCAAGUCGUGGAUAGGAGGUGAUGACGAGCCUCUGACUGGCUUCACCUGGAGAGGAGGCUGUGAGAGGGAGACCACAGGAAUUCAGAUGUGGAACGAAGUAUUUGUGGUUGACAAACCCGACGGCAGUAAGGUUGCUGUCAUUCUCGUCGACACACAGGGAGCAUUUGACAGCCAGUCCACCAUAAAGGACUGUGCCACUGUGUUUGCCCUCAGCACAAUGACUAGCUCUGUGCAGGUGUAUAACCUUUCCCAGAACAUACAGGAGGAUGACCUGCAGCACCUCCAGCUCUUCACAGAAUAUGGACGACUUGCAAUGGAAGAGAUCUACCAGAAACCAUUCCAGUCUUUGACGUUUCUGAUUCGAGACUGGAGUUACCCUUAUGAACACCACUAUGGCCUGGAAGGAGGCCACGCCUUCUUGGAAAAAAGACUACAGGUGAAAGAGAACCAACAUGAAGAGUUACAGAAUGUGAGGAAACACAUUCACUCCUGCUUCUCCAACAUCAGCUGCUUCUUGUUGCCACAUCCUGGUCUCAAGGUCGCCACAAACCCGUACUUUGAUGGCAGGUUGAAAGACAUUGACAGUGAUUUUAAGAGGGAGCUGGCCAAAUUGGUUCCUCUCCUGUUGGCUCCAGAGAAACUGGUAGAGAAGGAAAUCGGAGGCAGCAAAGUCACCUGCAGAGAUCUUGUGGAGUAUUUCAAGGCUUACAUAAAUAUCUACCAAGGUGAGGAACUCCCUCACCCAAAGUCCAUGCUGCAGGCAACAGCAGAAGCAAACAAUUUGACCGCUGUGGCAGGAGCCAAGGACUUGUACAGCAGAAGUAUGGAGCAGGUCUGCGGAGGAGACAAGCCGUACAUCGCUCCAGCAGACCUGGAGCGCUCUCACGAGGAGAUUCGAGAGCACUCUGUGCGCUUCUUUCGCUCUGUGAAGAAAAUGGGUGGCGAGGAGUUCUGCCAGCGCUACCAGAACCAGCUGGAGGCCGAGUUGGACGACGCCUACACCAACUUCUCCAAACACAACGAUGGCAAAAACAUCUUUUAUGCAGCACGCACACCGGCCACGCUCUUCGUCGUCAUGUUCGUCACCUACGUGGUGUCCGGGCUGACGGGCUUCAUCGGCCUCAGCACCUUCGCCUCUCUGGCCAACCUGGUCAUGGGUGUGGCCCUGCUGUCGCUUUGUGUCUGGGCUUAUGUCAAGUAUUCUGGAGAGUUUCGGGAAUUGGGAGUGAUGAUAGAUCAGGUGGCGGAGACGCUCUGGGAACAGGUCCUGAAGCCGCUAAGUGAACAAUAUAUGGAAGACAACGUCAGACAGACGGUGGUCAACUCCAUCAAAGCCAGCUUGACAGAACAGGGCUCACAACACACCAAGUUAAAGACUCACUGAUGCUCUUCAUCCCUCCCUCAUCUCCCUCCCACUCACUGAAUGUCUACAAUCAUAGUAAUAAUGGAACUAGUUCAACACCAAAGCCCCAAAACACAGACUAUCACACUGCUGCCCUGUCUUUAUUUGCUGUUGUGGACCUAUAGGUCUGCUGUCUGUCCUGCUCUUCAUCGCCCCCCAGUGCUCCAGAGCAGAACUUGCACAUGAAUGAGAGGCACGAGCAGUGCAACGGGCAGCAUCGCCUCACGCCAAAACAGAAGCUGAGGGACGGCCAUGUCCUCGUGUGCCAUGCUGUGACGAAGGAUCCUUAGCUGUAGCUUGUACUGUAGCCCGACACGAUUGCUGGUAGCAGACUGCACUGGCUCCAGGACUGUUAGAAAUCAGGGAAACUGACACCGCUAUGGGCAGCUGCUUCCAACCGUGGUGGCAAACUGAAACACUUGUGCAUUUAAUCGUUUCAUGUUACAGGCAAGAUAGUCCGGAGCUCAGUUUACAUCCUCUUCAGGCAGUUUCCUUGAAGCACAAGUGACAAAUCAGAGCUAAUGAGGUGGUUGUUGAUUGUGUCACUAGUUAAACUGCACUGCAUCUGCAUGAAGUAAACUGUCUGACUUACUUGUAGUUCACAAAUGUUUGCCUCCAUUCUCGCACUAAAUUUGAAACCAGGAAGCAUUUGAAGAACCUCUGGGUUCAGUUCAGCCUCUGUUAAAAUGUUUUUUUAGUAUUUUGUGAUUGUAGUACUGAAUCUAAAACUGUUGGAGACUGAGCCACACAGCUUUUGGUCAGUUUUUAUUGUAGACACGCAUUCUGUGGCCUUGGUGUCUCCCACCAGCGUUUGGCUUUUGCAUGGUGAGCUCGCUUCUCUUACACUGAUUUUCUUGCUUUUGUGGCAUUAUUUCUAAAUUGCUAAACUGUUUCUUUAACUGACAACAGACCUUCUCUAAAACCAAAUCACUAAAUUAUGUUUCAUAUCUUCCUCCCAUAAAGCAGCAAAUUGAUUUUUACUCUAGGAAUCUUAAUCAUUUUUUGUCCAGCACACUAACGGCUGGUCUCAUCUGUCUGAACUUUUGAUUCCGUCCACACUGUCUCAUACUGUACAUUUGUUCAAAUUACAAACCGGCAUGGACGUGGGAUUAAGUAUUUAAAUAAACUUUGUAUACACUUUGUAGUAAAUCAUUUGCUGAUGGUUGUUUUUUUUUCCUUUUUAUCAAUUUAACAUUCUGGUUUGUUAAAUGAUUAGUUACAGUAGUUCAAUAAGGACGAUAAGGAAAAACUAGGUGAAUGUGGAUUCUGAGAAGGAAAACCUGUGAGUGGGUUGGAGAUGAUGUCUGUCUGCCUUUUAAAAAUUCUCUGGUAAUUUAUUUUUGAAUAAAAUGUCGACCUUAAGAAUAAAUCAUCAUUACAACUCUG